AUGGACCCAGUUUCCGUGCUCGGUCUUGUGGAGACAUGCUACACGCUCGGGGUCAAAAUUCUGGACAUAUGUUCAACAUGGAAGCACGCUGAUAGUGAAGUUGAGAAGCGUGUAAUCAUUAUCGAGAGCUGCUGGGAUCGCACUAAGCGCCAGGUUGAUUUCGUCAUGCGCAUCACAUCUAUCAUGGAUGAGGACCAUUGUCGCAUGAUGGACGAGCUCCUAAAUCAGCUCGUGCUCAGUCUUUCACUUGCCAUGAGCAGCCUUGAGACGGUGAUUGAGAAGCGCUCGUCGGCCCGUUCGGGCGUUUUCAGACUUGGCUUUAGGGCUAAGAAGGCUGCUUGGGUGUGGAAGAAGGAGGCCCUCGACGGCAUCAUAUCUGAGCUCGAGGAAUGGCAGCGCCGGUUUGACCCUUCAUGGUUUCUCCUUAUGAAAAUUGCAAAUCCGGUCCUCGAUAGAGAAUUGGCGUUGGCAAAGACUACAGAGGCAAAGGCACACGGACUUGCCACUGCCGCUAAGACUCCGCUGGCUCUCGCUACUGGACUACGGAACGUGCUGUCUCCCAGCACUGAACAAACCAGGUCGAUCGUUCUUAAGGAACUGCAGAUGGAAUGGCUAGAUAUACCAUUCUCGGUUGCAAGGAUGGGACGCGGCCGACAGGGGAAUGAUAAGAAGUGGUAUAUUGUCGACACCAUUGAGCUGGGGCAGGCUGCUCGGGUACGCGAUGUCAUGCAGGACGUGCGCGUUCUUGCGACAAAGCUCUCACAGGCUGACCCCCUGGCCUUUGGUUUGCUUAACUGCAAGGGAAUUGUACCAGUUCUACAACAACCUGUCUCUCCUACACCACCUACGCAGUUGACACUUGACCCCUCUACUUCUUCCUCUUCCCUCUCUCGUGCACAUUCCCCAUCUCCAGGCCAAGUGCGUUAUUCCCACAUCCAGCUCAUUUUCCGAGUUCCACGCAGGACAGAGAAACUACAAUCCCUAAGACAGUUGCUGCUUCAUGCAGAUGAACAUAUAUCACUAUCACGGAAAGUCUACAUGGCGCGCGAGCUUGCAAAAGCCGUCAAUUAUGUGCAUACCUUUGCAUUUGUUCACAAGAAUGUGCGGCCAGAGUCAGUACUAUGCUUCGAAGAUCCACAGGCUGCUAGUAGCCACGCCUUCCUGGUUGGCUUUGGUGCUUUCCGUGGCGCAGACGCCGGCACGAUGAUGGGGGAGAUAUGA